CUGUGCGCGCCCGUCGCCGUCGCUGGGGGCGGCGACUGCGGCGCCGCGGCGCUGCCCUCCCGCCUCUACCGGCGCCGCUGGCUCAUGCUGGCCAUCUUCGUGCUGUACUCGCUGUGCAACGCCUGCCAGUGGAUCCAGUACUCCAUCGUGUCCAACGUGGUGGAGCGGUACUACGGGGUCAGCAGCUACGCCGUCGACUGGACGUCCAUCGUCUAUAUGAUCACCUACUGCCCGCUCGUGCUGCCGGCCACGGCCUUCAUGGACUACAUGGGCCUGAAGAAGGGCAUGCUGGUGGGCGCGGCGCUGACGGCGCUGGGCUCGUGGAUCAAGUGCGUUUCCGUGGAGCCGACGCGCUUCGCGCUGACGCUGGCCGGGCAGACUGUGGUAGCGGUGGCGCAGGUGUUCGUGCUGGGCGUGCCGCCGCAGCUCGCCUCCGCGUGGUUCGGCUCCGAGGAGGUCGCCACCGCCUGCUCGCUCGGAGUCUUCGGCAACAUGCUGGGCAUCGCGUCGAGCUUCGUGGUGACGCCGCUGCUGGUGCGCAACCACGAGCACCCAGACGACGUGGAGCGCGACCUGGCGCGCCUCUUCUACAUCACCGCCGCCUUCGCCACCAUCGUCUUCCUGCUCAUCGCCUCCUUGUUCCAGGAGCGGCCGCCGCUGCCGCCCAGCCCCGAGGCUGCUGCGCGCGCGCCCGUGCGCCCGGGCUGCCUGGCGCCGCUGCGCCGUCUGCUGCGCCUGCCCGCCUUCUGCCUACUCAUGGCCGCCUGCGCCAUCAACGUGGCCGCCUUCAGCGCGCUCUCCACGCUCCUCAACCAGCUCGUACUCGUGCACUACAAGGACGGAGAAGAAUUCGCAGGGCGCCUGGGACUGGUUCUUAUCGUCGGCAGCAUGGUGGGCUCUGUGGCGAGUGGAAUCGUACUAGAUCGCACACAUAAGUUCAAGGAGACGACGCUGGCGCUGUUCGCCCUGGCGCUGCUGGCCAUGGUGGGGUUCACGUUCGCUCUGCCCACCGGCUCGCAGGCGCUGGUGUACGCGGCCGUCGCCGCCGUGGGGUGCUUCAUGGGCGGGUACAUGCCCGUGGGCUUCGAGUUCGCGUCGGAGCUGACGUUCCCGGAGUCGGAGAACAGUACGGCGGGCGUGCUGAUGGCCGGGUCGCAGGUGCUGGCCGUGGGCUUCACCGUGGGCUACGCGUGGCUGCUCAAGGCCACGGGCGACGUGUGGGCCAACCUGGCGCUGAGCGCGUCGCUGGUGGUGGGGGCGGCGCUGUCCGCGCUCAUCCGCCCCGACCUGCGGCGCCAGGCGGCGCGCGCCUCCGCCCUGCGCGGCUCGCCGCUGCCCCGCGCCCACGCCCACGUCGGCCCCGACGACCCCGGCCGCCUGCGCUGCGACGCCUCCGACUCCACCGAGGACACCGACGUCGACAGCAGCGACGACAAGCUCUCCUCGCCACCCUACUCCCCGGCCUUCGCCCCUCCGCCCUACGCCCCGUGA